GGGGGUCCCAACUGUCCUUUUGUUAAAGAAGGCAUGCAUUGUUUUUAAACUUAUCCAUUCAUCUAUCUUCGAAACUUUUAAGCCGUCCUAUUUUGAGCAGUAAUUUCGAGCCACUCCGGCCCUGUCGAAACCAACCCGAUCCGCCCACUCAGCGUCGGUGUUCAAAAAUCACGCUUCGCAAAUUCUCUCCGAACUUGACUUUCCGAACUCCCAUCGAGCAUGCUCUCCCGUAUUGAUUUUCGCGAAAAACAGCUGAUUGAAAGUCGAGUGUUGUGUUGAAAACAGGGUACAUAUUUUCUCGCCAAGUCAACUCCAGAAUGUCGUAAUGGAUUAUAUCCGCGAAUUCGACAUAAAACUAGACAAGGAGUACUACUAUGCCGGCGAAAACAUCAACGGUCUCGUCAUCCUCGACACUGUGGAGAACUUCAAGCUGCGAACCAUCAGGGUCCUCCUGCGCGGAAAAGCCCAUGCGGAGUGGAAGGUGCUGUUGUCGGGGGACCGAAGAACGGUGAAAGACGACCAGUACUUCAUCGACGAGAGGCAGGUGAUUUGGGGCGAGAAGAACCUAGAGACCACGAUCCCGAUUUUGCCCAGAGGAGUGCACAGGUUUCCUUUCCGGUUCUCCCUUCCAGAGUCGAGUCUUCCGUGUUCCUUCGAGAGUAAACCGUGCUGCAUAAGGUACUACUUUAAGGUCACUAUUGACAUCCCGUAUGCGAGUCCGCCGCAAGGGAUGAAAUAUUUUACUGUGAUUGGACCCCACAUCGACUGCAUGGAUGAGCAGUACUUGAAACCAGUCGUCUACGAAGACCGAAAAAGUACCUGCUGCUGGUGCUGCAAAAAAGGCACCGUCAGCCUCCGCUGCGUUCUCGAACGCUCGGCCUACGUCUGCAAAGAAAGCGUAAAGCUAAAAGCGACAAUCGACAAUCAAAGCGAAGACGAAGUAAAACUGCGAGUCCGGCUGGAACAGUGCUGCGAGUUCUUCAUCGACCGAGGAGUUCUGGGCGUGAGCAAGGACCUGAAGCACCUCGUCUUCGAAUACAGAGGGAGCAACGUCAAGCCGCACUCUCGCAGCAAAUGGGACAGUUCCAAUAGCCUUGUUUUACCUCCGAUGCCUACAACACUUGUUGGAAUUUGUAGAUUAGUACAAAUCUAUUAUGUGCUUUCAGUAAGUCUAGACAGUGAUAAAGACGUAGACGUUGUCCAAGUCAAUUUCCCGAUUACUAUAGCGACUGUACCUUUCCGGAUACCGAACACGAACACCUCACCUACAAUACGAUACGAACAUGCGUGUUCCCAUGUCGAAGGCGGUCAAUACAUCGGACCAGAAUUCCUCCUUGGACAAGUCUACGAUGGAAAUGAACACCACAUUAGGGAGCCUAUUGUACUGUACAAACCUUUAUAUGUAACAGUAGAUAAGUCUGAAACAAACUGAGUAAGGCAAUAAGUAUUCUAUUCAUAAAGGCAGGGUAUAUAAUAUCACUUAUUUGGUUUAAUAUCACCUCAAGACUGAUGACAGGAAUAUUCGUAGUCAAUUUGUAUUCAUUUUUGUACCCUGAGAACAAAAAAAAAAAAAACUAGUGUGUAACACGAAU